AUGGUGGUGCCCAUCAAACCGGAGUUUGGCUUUGGUCUCCUCACCACCGGUUGUUGUCCAGGUGGAGGCGGAUCGAAUAUCUGGACACUGCUACUGCAUGGUGAUCUCAAUCUGAGCAUGACGAUGACCUUCAUCAGCUCGAUCGCCGCAUUGGGCAUGAUGCCUUUGAUGCUUUUCAUUUUCGGCCGCUUCUUCAUUGACAUUCAAAGCCUCCGCAUUCCCUACCUCUUGAUUGUCGGCCAACUCUGCUACAUCACCGUGCCCGUGCUGCUCGGUAUGGUGGUCAAAUGGCGCCUGCCAAAGUUGGGUCAACUUCUUGUUCGUCUAUUGCGGCCGCUUUCUUUCCUCUUCAUUACUAUAAUAAUCGGGUUUGGGGUGUACACUAAUCUCCCUAUUUAUCGUCUUAUUGGGAUCUACCCGGUCAUCAUUCCAACUGCGACGGCGUUACCCUGGAUUGGCUUCUUCCUUGCUGGAUUUCUUGCCUUCAUUUGCCGCAGAUCCAAGGCAGAGAUCCUUACUAUUUGCAUUGAGACUGGAAUCCACAAUUCCGGAAUAGCUAUCCUUGUGCUCAUCUAUUCAAUGCCGCAACCCGAAGGAGACAUGGGAGCCGUGAUGCCUAUUGUUGUGUCCAUUUUUACGCCGUUGCCACUAGCUGGCAUGCUUGUUGGCCAAAUGGUUAGCAAGAAAACAUUGUCUUGUCGACGG